UCUAUUGCAGCAAAGCAAAACCUUAAAAUGAAAUGGCUGGGAAUGGCGGGCCUCCUUCUUUAAAAAUGCUUUUCUACAUGGAAUAUGGAAAAUGCAGUUAAGAUAUGGCUUAUGCAAAAAGGCAAAAAGGAGUGCUUGCAGCAAUUUGGUAAUCAUUUAGAUCACCUGUAAAAAUAUUUUCAUCCUUUUUCUCAUAGCUUGCAGGAAACAAAAUUCCAAAAGGAUCGCAUAUUUAAAAGUAAAAUAUGCCACCAUACAAAUUUCAGAAGAAACUAUGAGAGAUUUUGUUUUGCUUUUUGUUGGUAAAAGAGAAAGAUUAUCUAAAAAUCCCAAAGCUGUGAAGACUCAAACUGGUAAGAUACAGACAUAGAUGUUUGGCAUAUGAAAAACUAUAUGAAGAAAGCAAAAAUACAGGCAAAAAUCUGAAGAAAAAUUCGUAGGCUAAGGAUUUGAAUAGACAUUUCUCCAAAGAAGGUAUAGAAAUGGUCAAUAAUCACAUGAAAAGAAGCUCAACCUCAUUAGUCAUUAGGGAAAUGAGAAUCAAAACCAAAACUCACUAUUAUUUCAAAACCACUAAGAUGGCUCAAAUCAACAGGAUGGACAACACAAGUGGUGAGGAUGUGGAGAAACUGGAACCCUCAUACAUUGCUGGUGGACAUGUAACAUGAUCCAAUCGCUUUGGAAAACAGUUAGGUACUUGCUCAGAAAGGUAAACAUAGAGUUAACAUGCAACAUAGCAAUUCCAUUCCCAGGUAUAUGCAUCCAGGACAACUGAAGCACGUUCACAUAAUAACUUACAAAAGAAUUUUCAUAGCAGAAUUAUUUAUAAAUAGCCAAAAUGUGGAGAGAAUCCAAAAGUCAUGAAUUGACAGAUAAACUGUGCUAUACUCGUAAAAUGGAAUAUUACUCAGCCAUUAAAAGGCAUCAGGUACUAAUACAUGGCACAAUAUGGACAAACCUUGAGAACGUUAUGCUAAGUGAAAGAAGCCAAACAGAAAUGACCGUAUGGUGCAUGAUUCCAUUUACAUGAAAUACCCAGAACAGACAAACCAACACAGACAGAAAGUAGAUUAGCAGUUGCUACGUCUUCGAGGAAAGGAGUAAUGAGAUGACUACUAAUAUGUAGGGCGUUUAUUUACAGGGUACUGAAAAUAUCCUGAAGCUAGACAGUGGUGAUUGUUGCACAACUCUGUCCAUAUACUAGAAACCACAGAAUUGUGCACAUUAUAAAAGGCAAUGUUAUGGCCGGUGAAUUAUAUCUCAAUAGAAAUAUUUGUGACCCCCAAAAGACUAACAUUUCAAUUAAAUAUACAGAAACUAUAAAUCAGAAGGCAAAAACAACCCAAUUUUACCAUCUCUCUCUCCAGCCAAAGUGAAGGGGGUACAUUCUAUUAAUACAUCUUAUUUUUUUAUCUCUUCAUUAACAAGUUCUGUUCUCAUUAUACAAAACUGGUCUCCAUUUCUAAUCACACAAAACUAGUCUCCAUUUCCUUAUGUCAGUUUUCACUAUUGUAACUACAUAAACAGAGCACUUCCAUGGCUUUUAUAAAAACCCACCCACUCAUACAAUCAGACAUAUCAUUUUUGGAAGCUUCUUAUGUGCCAGGAACUAGGAUACUCUGACCAACACAGCAGACAAGGUCCUGCCUGCAUGGGCCUUCUAUUUUUGUGGAGCAGUCAGAUGAUAAACCAGCCAAACAGUAUGUAAUGUUACCUAACAUCAGGAGGGAGACGUAUAAUUUUGGAGGUGUCCCAAGCUGUGUCUCUCUCAUGAAGAGUUCCCUCUUGCCUCUGAACCCAGUGGAAAGUAAACACUUUGAAGGAACUGUGAGGUCAGUAAGUGUGAAAAAAGACAUUUCAUUUCAGUUUCAUUUGGUUGGUUUUACCUGCUACGUUGUCAACAUUUUUUUAAACACUCUCCUGCAGCUGACAUCAACCACCCCCACAAAAAGCAAAAACAAAACUCGAUGCCAUGGAGUCGAUUCCGACUCACAGCGACCCUGUAGGACACAGUAGGGUCUCCAAGGAGUUCCUCGUCUUAGGACACAAAUAAUUCCUGCUUAUGAGAAUCUGAAAGUUGUUCACUGUGGAUGUGUGAAGGACUCAGUAACACUUGCAAAGAUUUCCAUGUGGGUGUGGUGCUCAAGUGUGAGCACUGGGGGGAAUGGACCCCAUGUGCACUUUGCAUCCUUCUGGAGAUUAUGACACAGCAAACAUUCCCUCCUCAUCGGCCUGCAUCUUGGAAGAGGACAGAGGGAAUUGUUAGGCAGAACCAUUUGAAAAUGCAUGGCAAGAAAUUUUAUUGAAACAUUAAAUUCAAAAUAAAAUCUUCCUAUGUUUUUCAACCUUCCCUACCUCAUUUCAAAGAGGUAAUUGGACUCACAGAGUUAAAGCCCUGAAACUUCGAGACUCUGAAGAGUCUGUUUUAAGAGUCUCAGCUCAUUGGAGUAAUCACACUGAGUGAACUGGAACCCAGGGGAAGAGUGGGAGUCAGACAGCAGAGACCUACACAUUGGGAAGGGGUGAGGCCUGCUUCUUGAUAAUGCCCUGGGCUAGGUGGCAGCACCUCAAAGGGUAAUGCAGGCACACAAGUAGACAAACCACGUUACGGUGUUCCCAGCCCUGCCAAGGUUCUCAUGCUCCAUCUGGGAAUGGAAGCAGCAGAGACAAUGAUUCUAGAGAGAUCACCCACAUAGGCUGAGGCGAUGGGUGUGUUAAAGAUCUUCAAACCUUGGUCCUUCUUUGGACCCCGGGGUACCCAGAAAAUAAACCAACACCAAACAUACCCCUACAAAGAAGUAAGGUUAAAAUUUUACCCCAAUUUUGUAAGCCGAGAGCUCUGAGUUGGAAUUCAGUUUAUUUAAAGAAAUAUCAAGUUUUCUUGCACACAUGAAUUUGUGCUGAUUCACACUUACAAUUCAUAUUAUUCAUUCAUCCAUGAAGUCAGCAAACAUUUACACUAUAACAGCUACAUGUGAGACCCUAUGGCAGUUGCUCUUGAUGAUGAAAUGACUCAGAGAAUUUCCCUCAAUGCCUGGUGAGAGAAACAGCCAAGUUAACAGUUGUAUCAGUCACGUAUUGCUCUGUAACAAAUGACCCCAAAUUCUCGUGUCUUAAAAGAGCAAUAAUUUACCAGCUCACAAUUUUUCAAGUUGUCAGUUUGGAGCUCUUCUGAUCUGGGCCAGCCUCAGUGGCUCACAACACGGCUUCCUCACGUGUCCACAAUUUGCUUCCAGGUAGCUGGGAGCCAGUUCAUAACAUCAAGUCAGUGAAACCGCUAGAUCCUCCCUCCAUUGGUCUUCCAUCAUCUAGCAGGCUGGCCUGAGGAUGUUCCCAUGAGUUCUCAGGGUUUAAGAGCAACAAAAGGGAAGUCUCAAUGUAAAGUCUUCCAACUCUCUCAUUUUAUCAGGUUUUCUACCAUCCCAAUGUUCAAAACAAUAAUGUCAGCCCCAACUGAGGGAUGGAGAAAGACUCCUGCUGCUAAUGAAAGGCGCUCCAGAGUCUCAUAGAAGGCAUGGGCACAGAGAGAGGAUAAAUGUGUAGACAUUUCUUACAUCAACCACAACAGGUAAAUGCAAUUGUGUUUUAUGCUGUGGUAAAGGGUUUUGCAGGUACAAUGGAGUAGGGAACAAGAAGUGAACAAAUCUACCAGGAGGAUAUUUAGGGAAGUGAUGUCUGAACCAAGUUGAGAAUAUGAUUGGAUAGUUAAGGCGUGAAAAAAGGCCCGGGUCCAGGAAGCCCCAUGUCUUCUCCAGAGAGAAGUCUGAGGAGACAGGCUGAAGCCACUGAGGCAUUUGAAACAUUUGUGACCAGAUGCAGAUCAUCUUUUGUUCUACUGUUUUCCAACCACUCGUCCCUAUUUAUAGUUUGGAGUCAUACAAGAGUAGACCCUAGCAUUUCCCUGUUGAAACUUUUAUUUUCCUCUGAGAAGUCAUCACCACCCCAAUGUUCUUAAUUGCUUCCUCAAAUGCUGUCUCCAUUUACCACCUCCUUUUCUAUAUGGGCUCCAGAGUGAAAGCAGAGCCUGAAAGAUGCAGAGGUCAUGGACUUUCCCCAAGUCAACUCCUAAACCUCCCAUUCUGGCUGACCACAAAUUCCUGAGUCUUAGCAUUUUAUGGUGAGCUCAGAAGCCCAAUCUGUUCCAAUGGGGUCAGUUCUCUUAACCACCAUGCUUCACCAGAGAGUAGGCCAUCAGAUGGGAUGGGAGAGAAAAUCUUCUAGUCACAGGGAAGAGCCUGUGUGAAGCCUCACAGGCUAAGGAGACCUGAUAGGUGUUCAGAGCGGACAUUGUAUGACCAGGGCUGGAGAGACAUGAUUCCAAGAGAGUCAAAUGAGAAGUUUUGGAGAAAUCAACUGCUGGUCACACUGUAACGAUUCCAUGUACUCUCUCUCUCCCCACCAAGGGAUAGGAAUGACAUGGAGUGCAGAGAAAAGUUGCAAUUCCUUUUUUAUAUCCAAGCCCCCUUUUCCCAGUCUGGGACUGGCAGUAUUCAAGCUCCUACUUGAACAGUUUCAUAUUUUUCUUUUUGCUGUGUUUCUGUUUAAAGUGGGCCCAUGGAACUGAGCAAUGUCAGGAAUGAUGUCACACAGGGUUAUGGAAGCCAUGCCAUUCAUGCUGAUCUCUUUUGGUGAGGAUGUCGAUCUGAGAUCCUGUGGGAGAGCACCUGGAACUACUCUAUCACGGAAAUUCCGGACUAAACCCGGGUCCCCAAGUCACCAAACGGUCAUGCAUCAUGAAGAACUGGAAAAAGGGAUAAAGAUCCUUCAGAACAUCAUUAUGAUUGGACAUCUUCACCCAGAGAGGAUGAAACAGUGAUACAGAAGGAAGAGGCCUUUCUCUAAGACUCUAGAUAAGGGUGAGAGGAAAAAUUGUCCCAGACUGAUGUGUGUUACGGAACAAAGGGUCUGGUUUCCACCAGAAAAGAGAGCCAUGAUAGGACAAGAUGAAGGAAUUGGGAACGGAUAAGGUCAUAAGGAGGAGCGUCCUGAGAAAGCAUUUCCUGUCAUUUGGUGGACAAUUAACCAAAUUCUUAUAUCAACAAGAAAUGUACGAAUAAGUGAGGGAUCAAGCUACAGAAUUCAUUGGGAGUUUGAGAGCUUUCCAGAACAGAUUCAGACGAGGCACUCUGCUGUUUAAGAUCUGUACCUGGUGGAAAGGAAGGAAGCCAGUGGACAACUAGGGCAGAGAGUAUAGGAUGGGGAAAAGGGUGGUUAGAGAGAAGCGUACUUUAUUAUAUUUUCUAAUGACAUGAUAUUAAUGUACUAUGUGAAGAAUUAAGAAAAUAUCUCAGGAGGUUCUGGCAGUGAGAAGUUGAAGGAGCCCAGAGCCCACAUCAUUGAGGGCAGAAGAUGGCUUGCAGACUCCUCCCCUAGAUUCAGGAACUCCCCUUCUCCUCCUAUGUCUUCUCCCCACAUCUCUCGAAGGGCCUAAAAAACCCUCACAGCAAAGAGAGCUAUAGGAUAGAAUUUUUUUUACAUUCCUACUUUCUUAACCUGAAUUUUGUCUAGGAUCUUUAAUUUGCCACUCCUUUCAGGGCAGUUUUGUUGCCCUCUCCACUACCAUUAUUUUGCUGCCCCCCACCACUACUCCAGUGCUGCCCUCCACUGGCCCUAUUUCCUUUUGCUUCCUAGGUUUCUAACUGGCCUCUAAAACCCUCUUGAGAGAUCCCCUGCUGCAACUUCUGUCACGGAACUUGCACUCCACUCCCAAGACGCUUCCAUCUCUUUCUUUCUUAACUCGCCAAUCCUACCUUCAUACUCAGAAAAAUACAGACCCUUAUGUUGACAUAUACAACCCACCCACACACUCAGUUGAUGUGGUUGUGUCUUGGCUACUGAGAUUUGUACCAUCGGACUCUCAAAUAUGGACAUCUCUUUCUGCCUCACACUGAAAGAGUAUUUCUCAUAAUGACCUGGUGAGAGCUUUCUGUUCAGGGAAAGGCAAUUUUAAAGGAGAAGCUUUAAAUUAUACAUAAAUGUACAAAUUUUGCUCCAAGUAUAAUUCCUUGAAUAACAGGUCUUCCCUUAAUGGCCACAUAAACCAGGGACUCCAUCAGCCUGAAACCAGAAGAACUAGGUGGUGUGCAGCUACAGUCAAUAACUGCCCUGACAGAGGAUACUUGCAAGUUAUAAAAAUGAUGGUACCCUCAAAUACAGCCCUUAUACUGAAAGAAAAGACCAAUAUGAAUGUCAGAGAUACUCUGAAACUUGCUCUUGAAUGUAAAGUAAUGAAAGAAAUGAUGAAGUAGAAGAGCUGAAGAGAAGAUUUCAAAGGGCGGCUUGAGAAGACAAAGUAUGAUAAUGACAUGUGCAAAGACUUGGCGUUAGAAAAACAAAAGGGAAGAACAUGCUUGGCAUCUCUCAAGCUAAAGGAACUGAAGAAAAAAUCCAAGCCUCGACAUGCAAUAGUGAAGGAUUGUACUUGUACGGGCAAAAUAUUGAACAACACAGGAAGCAUCAAAAUAAGAUGGAAAGAAUACACAGGGUCACUGCACACACACACACACACACAAAAGCAUGGGUCGAUGUUCAACCAUUUCAGGAGGAAGCAUAUCAUCAAGAACUGAUGGUACUGAAGGAAGAAGUCCAAGCUUCACUGAAGGCAUUGGCAAAAAACAAGACUCCAAGAACUGACAGGUACCAAUUGAGAUGUUUCAACAAACAGAUGCAGCACUGGCUGAAUAAUUUAGCCAUCCGAUUGGAAGAGAUCCAUGUUUGUGCACAUUCCAAAGAAAGUGAUUCAACAAAAUUCAGAAACUAUCAACAAUAUCAUUAAUAUCAAAACCCAGUACAAUUUUGCUGAAGAUCAUUAAAAAGAAGUUGCAACAGGAAUUCAAGUCAGAUUCAGAAGAGGAUAUGGAAUGAAGAAUAUCAUUGCUGAUGUCUGAUGGAUCUGGGCUGAAAGCAGAGAAUACCAGAAUACCAGAAAGAUGUUUCCAUGCGUUUUAUUGACUAUGAAAUGGCAUUAUACUGUGUGAAUCAUAACAAAUUAUGGGUAACACUUCAAAGAACGGAAAUUCCAGAACACUUAAGUUUGCUCAUGUGAAACCUGUACAUAGACCACGAGGCAGUUCUUCAGAGAGAACAAGGGGUACUAUGUGGUUUAAAAUCAGGAAUAGUUUGUGUCAGGGUUCUAUCCUUUCAUCACAUUUAUUCAAUCUGUAUGCUGAGCAAAUAAUCCAAAAAGCUGCACGAUAUGAAGAAGAACGUGGCAUUAGGUUUAGAGGAAGAUUCAUUAACAACCUACGAUAUGCAGAUAACACAAACUUGGUGAAAAGUGAAGAGGACCUGAAGCACUUAGCGGUGAAUAAAAAAGACUACAACCUUCAGUAUGGGUUGCACCUCAACAUAAAGAAAACAAAAAUCUUCACAACUGGACCAAUAAACAACAUCAUGAUAAACAGAGAAAAGAUUGAAGUUAUCAAGGAUCUCAUUUUAUUCAGUUCCCCAGUCCACGCUCAUGAAGCAGCAAUCAAGGAAUCAAAUGAUGUAUUGCAAAUCUGCUGCAAAAGAACUCUUUAAGCUGGUGACAAGCACAGAUGUCACUCUGAAGGCUAAGGUGUGCCUGCCAAAAGCCAUGACGUUUUCAAACACCUCAUACGCAUGUGAAAGCUGGACAAUGAAUAAGGGAAACCGAAGAAGAAAUGCUGCCUUUGAGUUAUGGUGUUGGUGAACAAUAUUGAGUAUACCACAGACUGCCAGAAGAACAAACAAGUCUGUCUUGGAAGAAGUACAGCCAGAAUAUUCCUUACAAGCACAGAUGGUGAGUGUUUGUCUCACACACUUUGGACAUGUUAUCAGGGGAGACCAGGCCCUGGAGAAGAACAUUAUGCUUGGUAAAGUAGAAAGUGAAAAAGAGGAAGACCCUCAGUGAGAUGGAUUGACACAGUGGCUGCAACAAUGGGCUCUAGCAUAAUAACAAGUGUGAGGAUGGCACAAGACUGGCCAGUGUUUUGUUCUGCUGUAUAUAGGGUCACUAUAAAUUAGAACUGACCUGAUGACACCUAACAACAACAAUACGCUGUUCAGCUCACUGCCUGUCUCUUAGUUUGCUGUACUGUGGUGGUUUGGAUGUUGCUAUGAUGCUGGAAGCUAGGCCACCAGUAUUUUAAAUACCAACAGGGUUAUCCAUGGUGGACAGGUUUCAGUGGAGCUUCAAGACUAAGACACACUAGGAAGAAAGACCUGGAGAUUUACUUCUGAAAAUUGGACAAUUAAACCCUUACAGAUCACAAGAGAAUACUGUCCAAUUCACUUGCUUUGGACAUGUCAUCAGGACAGAUUAAUCAGUCCUAGAGGAGAAUAUCAUGGUUGGUGAAGAAGAAGGCCAACAAGGCUGUAGGAGACCCUUGGUGAGAUGGACUGGCACAUUAGCCAUAAUGAUGGAAUCUAAAUUGCUGGCACUUGUGAGGAUGACACAGGACCUGGCAACCUUUAGUUCUGUGGUACCUAAGUUCACCAUUAGUCGGAGUCACCUCAAUGGCAGCUAGCAAAAAAUUACUGUUUGAGAGGAGAACUGAGAUAUGAACUUGAUACAAUAUACCAAAUGUUAAAAUGUUCAAAGAUCUCAUGUUUACUAUGAAAGAAUAGGAAUUGAAAAUACAACUUUCAAAUAGCUAGAAGGAAAAGGAAAGUAAGAGAAAUUUUAUCAUUCCAAUAAAAAAAUAAACAGGAAAGGCAGAAUAAAAAAAAAAAAAAAAAGAACAGUGAAUAUGAAGUAUAAUACGGGAAUUAUGUCUAAAUGUAUGAGUAAUAGCAAGAAAAAGGGAUUAAUACCUAAGGAAAAAACAUGUACACUCAGCUUAGACUUGCAAAUCCAGCCAUAUCUUAUUUAUAAAACAAAAUUAAAACAUAAUGACAGAAACUUUUAAAUGAUGUAAAUGAAGAAAUUUCUACUUUUUAAAAAAAAAAAUUUUUUUUUUUAAUGACUACAGGAAUAACCCUCUGCCAGAUACUGCUGAUACAGAAAGGAUUAAGAAAAGAUUCCUUGCAGUCUGGUGAGAGAAACAGCCCAGUUAACAGAUCAGUUAUCAAUUGCUCUAUAACAAAUGACCCAAAAAUGAAGUGCCUUAAAAGAACAAGCAGUUACUUCGCUCACAGUUUUGCAGGUUGGCAGUUUGGGGUUCUUCUGGUCUGGGGCAGACUCAGCCGCUCUCGGAUGGGCUCCCUCAUGUAUCUGGAAUCAGCCACCAUGUCAGCUGGCGGGCAGAGGGUGUGAAAUCUUCUCAGCUGGAUUCUCUCUCUAAUGGUCUCUUGUCAUUUAUUAGGGUGGCCUGGGCUGUUCCCAUGGAUUCUCAGUGUUUGAAGAGCAGCAAGAGGGCAAGGAGGAGCCCUGGUGGUGCAGUGGUUAAGGGCUCAGCUGCUGAAGGAAAGUGGCUCCAAGGGAGAAGCAUGUGGACAGGCCAAGAGGCUUCACAGGGUUUAGAGUCAGGAGGUCAAGAGAGAGUGGCCUAGACACCACCACUGAGUGAUGGUACCUCCAGGCAACAGACCAAAAACUCCAUUCUGCACAGAUGGCUACGAAGGGUGAGUCUUUUGGAAGAGUCUUCUGUUAUUUAAUCAAUAGAUAUAUAUUGAGUAUCUCCUAUGGGUGGGGCUCUGUCUCACUUUCUGGGACUGCCAAAAAUAAGGCAGAUCCCAUCUUUGUCCCCAAGUUAUUUACAACCCAUUUGGAAGACAAAAAUUGGAAAAUGAGCACCUCCUAUGACUCAGUGCUAUGAUGGAGGAUUACUAGGUGCUCUGAAUACAUAAAGCAGGAGCACAGACUGGGUACCUUGGAGGAGGAACCAGUCAACAGGAAGGGAGAGAACGUCUACUAGUCAGAGGGAACAGCCUGUGUGAAGCCUAAGUGGCAAAGGAGGCCUGAGAGGUGUUCAGAGUGGACAUUGUGUUUCUAGAGCUGGAGAGAUUUGAUUCAGGCCAGAGAAGAGGUUUGGGAGAAACAGCGACUCAUUAUACUCUUCUAUUCCCUCAACUCACAGUUUCCUUCCUCUUGGAUAUUGACUUAAGUGAACAUUGCAAUUCAUUUUUAAGAUAUAAUUUCCCUCCUCCCAGCCUCCUAGCCUCUCCCACAACAGUUGCCAUAUUUUUUCCUAGUGCGCUGUUUAGAUUCAAACUGGGCCCUCGGAACUGAGCGAUGUCAGCGAUGAUGUCACACAAGGGUUACUGGAAGCCUUGGUGCUCACUCAGAUCCUAACUGCUCUUUGGAGAGGUUGUGGCUCUGAGGUCUCCUGUGGGAGAGCGACUUUGGAUACCAAAUUACAAACGGUUCUGCCUAAAUCAAGGUCCGCAACUUGUGAGAAUUUGGGACAUCAUCUCUACGUGGGAGGAGGAGAAACAUCUUGCCGGUGACCAUCCUUCGUGGUUCAUCUUCACCCAGCCAGAAUGGAGCGGCAAUACAUGAGGAAGAGGCCUUUCUCUAAGGCCCGAGAGGUCUCUAUCCAAGAGGAAAAUGCCCAAGAGUCAACAACAUCCCAAGAAAAAAGUCAAAGCUCCAGGCACAGGAAGAUUCCAAAACAAUCUGAGAACUCUUCUCCUUUAUCUUCCACCGAGCAGACCUCUCAUUCCUCCAGUUACGGGGCUGCCCCAGGAAAGCGAUGGGUCAGGUGCGCAUAUUUCACCAAGGUGCGCACGGUCAAGGGGGUAGCGGUCGCCUGGCAGACCAAAACCUCCUUUGCACCCGUGGGCAAGAUGCCCCAGGUCUUUGAGGCCGAGCUCUCUGAGGAGAGCACCAUCGGCUCUGCCCCCAGUCUGGCCAACACUGAGUCCCUGGUCAGCAACCUGGAGCCCUGGCAGGAGGGGCCUCAGACCUGUACCCAGAAGCCCACUGAUCAAGGGGAGGAGCAUGGGGAGAGACCCCGCCCAACCACCCCGGAGUGGCUGGUGACCCGUGAGUGCGGCUUCCGCUGCGUGGCCUGCUGCCGUGUGUUCGAGUCCCGUGACGCCCUCGUGGCCCACGCGGAGCAUGGUGUGACUCAGGGCUUCAGCUGCCGGGUCUUCUUUGAAGAGCUGCUGGAGAGGCGGCUGCCACGCUCAGUCCAGCGAAGGCCCAGACGCUGCCACCAGCUGGCCAGGCGUUGCCUGAUGGCCACCAAGAAGAGGGAGGUGAGGGAGAAGACAGCAGUCUGCAGGCGCCUCGAGGAACAGCUGGAGAAGCAGAGAGAAGAACUGAAGAGGCUGAGGCACCAGCUGGACAGGCUGCAGAGGCAGGAGACCAGGCUGCAGAAGGCGCAGGCGCACCACCGAGGCCAGAGGGGAAAGCGCCUGAAGACGUGCUAGAACCCCGGGACUAGGAGGAGCAGGGCCUUUGGGCUGGAAACGUGGGCCCUUCAGGAGAGACCUCCAUUCAGGUUUGUUUAACCCAGCUCCCCUGGAAGAUCAUACCCUCCUUCCACUGUGACCCCAACCCUCCCAACCCAAGCGCACAGAGAACUCCAGCCCUAAGGGGGAUCUGGAUGGAAGAAGCCCCAGAUACCUGACCACAGACACCAGGUCCCCUCAGAGGCUCCCCUGGCCCAGGAGAGGACAGGACAGGCCUCAUCUGGAUGGUGAGAUCUUGGGACCCUAAGGAUGAGCGCAGCAUAAAUAGGGAAAGGGAAAGGGGAUUUCAGUGGGACCUGGGAGGAUUGGGGGGGGCCCUGCUGAGGCGUGAUGGUGAAGGGGGUGUCACUGAGUUCUUUGGAGGAGAAGGAAUCAGAGAGAUGGCAGGCUGUUGGGAAACAUGUCUGCAGGUGAGCAGUGGACAUAAAGCCCUAAACAAACAACUCUGGGUCCCUUCCCAGCAGUAUAGAGGCAGAGAAAGAGGCAGGGCUUGGUAGGAGGAGAGGAGGGCAGGUUGAAGGAAAAUGAACUCACCCAAGCCAUGUCUUCUGGUCUCCUAGGGUGAAUUUGGGUUUAUGAUUGGGAUGCAUCCUUUUUGCCACAUUAGGGGAAUGUAAGUGGGAGGUGGUGUAGAAAAAUCCCCCUGGGUGUUAACCAUUUCUGGAUAAGAGUUGAUCCAGGGCUUGCAGGAUAUUUCCUGUAGAGCAUGUCCUAGGGGAAGGGGUAGAGCUUUGGAACUUUUUCUUCUCCUAAAUCAAGCUGUACAUUCCGGUUCUUGACAUGUCAAACAAACUUGCUAAUUUUUUUUUGUUUUCCUGUGGUCAAAUCUGACCUGUCGCGAGGUCAAAGAACUGGAAGAAAAAGGCCCUCUGAGGUGAAAGAACCAAAGGAGAGGAAAGGCUUCAAACCCAGGGAGAACAGCAAGAACACAGGUGAUCAGAGGUAAUGGUGGGAAGGGGCAGAUUCAGGCCCAGACUCAACAGUGGACAACAAAGCCCCAGUCUCAGUCGCGACAUCAAAUCCCAAGUCUGGGGAAGCCCUGGACAUGACAGGGGUGUAUCCAUCUCUCUAGGAAAUGAGACCACAAGUAUCACAGGGAACCCCCCAGGGGCAGAGGAAUGGAGGGCAGGGCCUCUAGGAUGGGCACCUCCGUCCACAGUCUGUCCUGUGUGUAUUCCUCAGAGUGACAGAGACAGCUCCUGUGAGGGAGAGGGUCACAGGCAGAGAAGAACCAAGGUGUUCAGACCAGGUAAAUUCUGCAGUCUCCUAAGGAUCCAAAACGAAAAAUCAGAGAUUCUCAGAGGUAUCAGGGUGGGAGGGGUUGGUAUUCCCAGGCUGGGGAGAGGCUGGCUGGGGAGGUGCUGCUUUCUGAAAUCUUUUCAUCAACAUCUUUCUUCUUAAAAGCUACCUUCCCAGUUGAUGUCCUCUAUGAUCUAGGCUCAGACCUGAAUGGGGCCUAGAAUGCACAAAGGUGGGUUAUCCAGUGGGGCUACACAGGGAGGAGGUGGAAGCAGCAUAUCCAGGAAAGAGAAUCUUCUAGAGGCGCAUGAGUUACCUAGUGAAUCGCACAUGGCGUCCAGCCUUCUACAUUUAGCUGUAGACGUGUGCUUGCAAGAUGUGUUUGAGGGGUAACUCUACUGACUUCCCAAAAUUAUUUUUGGUCAUUUCCAGUUAUAGAGACCAGAAGAACUCACUGGCUCCAAGAACAACAAGAAAUCCACUGGAUCUUAUUAUUACUUUCUGCGGUGUGCUCUCCUGCCAGUGAUUCAAAUCUUUUGUCUGUCAUUCUGGAGAAUUUUCACCUAUUUUAAAUAUUUAACAAAACACGUUAAAAUAUACAUGUAUCUAUGAUGUUUAUGAAUUUCCAAAGCUCUGAAAUUGUUUUUUUAUCACAUUUGCAAGAUCACAGAUUUGUGUGGCAAAAAAAUUUAUGUCAGGGUCCCACCCUCCUAUGUAAUUUGGUCCUGCUCCCCCAGGGUAUCCAAUGUUAAUAGACACACGUGUAUCCUUCCCUACACCUCUCUGCAGGGACACAUAUACACAGUCACAGGUACACAAGUACAUCUGCUGGGGUGUUGGCUUUUAUGAAAGCCUGGUCACACUCCACCCACAUUGCUCUCGCCCCUUAUUUCACUUGAUAUUCUACCUUGAUUCUCUGUAAGUCAUUAGAUAUGGCACUGACACUAUAUUUUUUGAUCUUUUAACUUACAUGAAUAAUUUAAAUAGAUGAUCUCAAUUCAGUACACUUUAUCUGUACUUCUACAUGUUCUUGUCAGAAGCUAUCAAGUCAGUUCUGACUCACAGUGGCCCUUUGCACCACAGAACAAAACACCACCUGGUCACGGGCAAUCCUAAUAAUCGUUGCUAUAUUUGAGCACACUGUUGCAGCCACUGUAUCAAUCUCAUUGAGGGUCUUCCUCUGUUUCACUGGACCUCUGCUUUACCAAGCAUGAUGUCCUUUUCCAGGGACUGGUCCCUCCCUCUUGAUAACAUGGCCAAAGCCAUCCUUGCUUCUAAGGAAUAUUCUGGCUUUCUCCCUUUAAGACAGAUUUGUUCGUCCAUACAUAACACUACUAAAAUGUAAACAUUAUCAUCCAUGCUUUUUAAGUCCACUCUUCCUGCGUGUUCUAGCUCUCCUCCCCCUGUUCUUUCCCGCAAGUGGAUCCAAGAUAAUUCAGGUUAACAAUGUGGUAAGUAGUCUCUCUUAUCCUUGCUUAAACAAGCACACGGACUUAUACACACUCAUAAACAUAAACAGGUAUUCAAGCAUAUUCAAACAAUUGAUAUUGUUUAACCCAGAUGUGCUCAUUUUAUAUACACUUCUCUGCAUGCACCUAGAUUUUUUCAGUAAUAAAUAAUACUUCACAGAUAUUUUUCCCACUCAACUACUACAACUCAUUUAUUGAUGAUGUAGCUUUACCAUAAGUUAUCUAUCAUUCAACUAUCAAUGUACAGUCAAUGUUUGGUCAACACUAAUAAUAACUAUCCGUUGUGUACUACAGGAUCUGUUUCUGUGGAAUAGACUCCAUAGAGUGAGAUUUCCAGCUCAAAGUAUGUUUUAAAAGUACAGAGCCAUGGCCGUGUCUUUCCCCUAUAGGCUGUCCUAAAGCACCUUUCCAGCCAUGUCUCAGGGUAUCCUUCUCCCCACAGCCCAGCCAGCCAUAGAUGGUGUUGAUUUUUAAAUUGUGCCAGUUUCACUGGGACUUUGAUAUUUUCUUAACUACCAGUGUUUUUGAGCAACUUGGACUAUGUUUAUUGGGCAUGUGGAUUUGCUGUGAACGAUCUGUUUGAAUUCACUGCUCAUUUUUCAAGUGCUUAACUUUUAUCCUUCUGUGUAAAAUGGAAAUUGUUAUUAAGUCUUAUCAUCUCCAUUUCACAUGAUUUUCCAAAUCUAUCAUUUGUGUAUCACAUUUUCUCAAGCUUUGUCCCCCAGAACGAUCACUUGAGUCAGCACCGUUUAUUAAAUAAAUAUAAUUUUCUCAAAAUACCGCCUUU